GGGUGGGCAAAGUAGUGAUUUGAAGUUGCAGUGUGCAGGAGAGAACAGAUGUAGAUCGGUGGGAAGUGAAGAAGUGUGUGGAAGAAGUGAACUGAUAAUAAUAAGAGAGACAUGUCUGAGGAGCGCUUCACCGCCAUGGACGAGGGAUCACUGCGCAAGCUGCUGGAGGUGACCCUGGACCUGGCGGAGAGGCGGGAGAUCCGCUCGGCGAUUCGAGAAUUACGCAACAAAGAGUUGGAGAGAUGUGAGGAAGCCUUGGCCUCUAAACGCUUCAGAUCGGAGAGAGGACAAGAGGACAAAGAGAAUCAGCCUGGGGAAGAGAAACAGCAGCGGGCUCUGCAUACGUUGGCAGGAAGGCUACAGGAGAUAAAUGAUGUGGAGGAGCUCACAACACUGCUUAGAGGAGCCAGUGAGUAUGAAGAGAGAAAGCUCAUUCGUGCUGCUAUCCGGAAAAUCCGAAAUGAUGAAAUUGAAGCAGCAGCAUUCGCAGGAAUGCUGGUCAGCCGCACCACUGACCGAGGCAAUGGCUCCAUGCCGUCCAAUGGUAUAGAGAAUAUUGUAGAUCUCCCUUCUAUGGCUCAAGAAAAAGAGGACUUGGAAGAAAGAAAUCUCAUCAAGGCCCAAAUCCAUGAACUCCGUAGCACUCAAAAUGGAAGCAGCCAUUCUUCGGCUGAUGACUCUUCAUCCGAUAUGGUUCUGCUCCUAAGUGCUCCCUCAAGAGAAAAGUUGUCGUCUUUGUCUUCAUCAUCCUCCUCGUCCUCCUCAUCGUCCUCGUCCUCCUCAUCCUCAUCAUCUGAACCUGGGCAUUUGUCGCAGUCCCGUACAACCGAGCACUCCACCCUCAGCACAGACUCUGGGGAAGACUCUCCACAGAAUGGAAGUAGAGAGGUGUUCAUGGAGUCAUCCACACAGAUCAGAGAGGAGAAAUCUACAGAUAAUGGCAUCACCCUUCAGAAACAGAGUUCUCAAGAAGAACAAAAGCCUGAUUCCAAAGAAACGAGCAAAGCCAUAACAAAUAAGAGUGCUGAUAAAGGAUCGGCUCCAGAGGAGAAGGCAUCAAGGACAUUUGCAGAGCCAGAUGGCAAGGUUCCACUAUCCCCUUUCAGAAGAGCCAAUUCUGUGAGAGACAGAGUGAAGAAGUUUACAGAAGAGCCCCCAGGCAUGCCUCCUCCUCUCAGUAACCGAUUCUCAAGCAUGAGAGGUGAGAGACUCCCUGCAACAAGAGGAGGACGUAUACAGCUACAGCAAUCCCUGUUCUCUACGGGUCAGAAAAACGGCCAUGACAAGUUUCAGGUGGGACAGGAAGAAAAGGUAGCCGAUAAACCUGCGCUUAAUCGCGCCGCGUCACUGCUUGGCAGUCAGAAAAGUGCUAAAGAAGCAGAAAGCGCUAACAGAACACGAGAUAAUAAAACGGCAUCUGUACCUGAAAUCAAGAGCUUCAGGAGCAGCUCCAUAAAAGGGUCCUCGGCUCACAGCUCUGCAGGACUCGGCACAUCCUCCGGGGAAGUGAACAGGAGAUUUCCCCAAAGCAAAAGCUCAUUCAUCCCAAAGCAGGAAGGUGGGAGGAGCAACACGGACCAAUUGCAAGUUACCCAGGCCAAAACAGAGGGGGGGAGACAAGUUGAAAAUACAGAUGGGACCAUUACAAAACCAGUGCUACAAGGCAGUGCACAAAGUGCUACAUCAACUCUGCACACAUCUUCCAAAGACGCUCAGGGCAACGAGCAGGAAGACGACAUGAAGACCUUGCUCACCAUUGAGAUCAAAGAUGGACGGAAUCAAGGGGCUAAUAGCCGGAUCGUGGGGCAGCCAGGAAAUCAAAGAGCAGAACUUACCUUGGGUCUGACGGCUUCCCCAUACAGAAUCGGCAGUGGUGUCACCACCAGCAGCAUCAAUACAAGUGGAGUGAAUGCGGGCAGCGGAGUCAGUUCGAGCAGCAUCAAUGUAAGCAGUGGUGCCAAUGCAAGGAGUGUGAACACAAGCAACACCAAUGCUGGCAGUGGGAUAAGUACAAGCAGCUUUAAUUUGGGCAGCAGGACCAAUGAGAGCAGUUUCACUACAAGCAGUGCCAAUGCAGGCAAAACCAUCAGUGCAAGCAGCAUCAGUGUGGACAGUGGGAUCAGUGCGAAUGGUGAAAGCUCCAAGGUUGAAGCAGAGCAACCACAGCAGACUAGCCAGCAAAUAGAUAUAUUUCUUCCAAGCACAUCUGAGAAGGUAGAAACGGAAAAGAAAGCAAAGCUGACAUCAGAGGAGCUGCGCACUAUAGAAGAUGAGGAUGUCCUUGAUAAAAUGCUGGAUAAGACCUCAGACUUUGAAGAAAGAAGGUUGAUCAGGACAGCCAUGAGGGAGUUAAGACAGAGGAAGAGAGAUCAGCGUGAGAAAGAGAGGGAACAGCGCUUACAAGAGCUGAAGACCAAGGAGAAGGAAGCCCGGCUAGCAAGAAGCACUGAGACCAGUCUGCGGCAAAGUGAGACUAUAAACCAUGGCAAUGCUGUCAGCACUGUCACCAAAACGCAGACAAUGGUGCAGUCCAAUGAUGGCAAUAGAACAUCAAGAACAACUACAGUGGAGGCCAGUUAUAUGAAAAGAUCAGAAAAUGGUGGUACAGUUCUUCAGACAAAAUCUGCUUCAUAUAGUGCAACGUCUAAGAAAGUGGGCAGUGUAUUUGAUCGAGAGGAUGAUGGUGUGGCAGCCUUGGAGAGGAGACAGGCAGAAAAGAAGAAGGAGCUCAUGAAGGCCCAAAACCUUCCUAAAACACCAGCCACACAAGCUCGCAAAGCCAUGAUUGAGAAACUGGGAAAGGAUAGUGGAAGUUCAUCCAGUCCUGCUUUUGCCAAAGUUGCCACACCAAAGUCGUCUGCAUUUGGCGUCCCUAAUGCGAACAGUAUCAAGCAAAUGUUGUUAGACUGGUGCAAAGCAAAGACCCGAGGUUAUGAGCAUGUGGACAUCCAUAACUUUUCUUCUAGCUGGAGUGAUGGAAUGGCCUUCUGUGCCUUGGUCCAUAACUUCUUCCCUGAGGCGUUUGACUACAACCAACUCGCUCCACAGAACAGAAGACAGAAUUUUGACUUGGCCUUCUCAGCUGCAGAGUAUCUCGUGGACUGCGUCCCAUUGGUGGAAGUUGAGGACAUGAUGAUAAUGGGGAGGAAGCCAGAUUCAAAGUGCGUUUUCACCUAUGUCCAGUCCCUAUACAACCACCUGAGGCGGCAUGAGAUGCGUCUACGCAAGAGUGAAUUUUAAUAAACCCCUGUACUCUCCCUUGACGUCUUCUGGCACAGCACCAGCACCGUGCAGCUAAUGCCACUGCACAAUUUCACAAGUAACCCCAGGAUCACUUGAAAGACAUUUGUUGGGGUUAUAUUGUACUGUUAACAACCUGUUUCUUGGAGUUACAGACUGUAUAUUUGACUGUGCUUUUGUUUACGCAUUUUCACCCUAACUUGCGUGUGUCCAGAGCCUUGCAAUACAUUGCCAUGCAAUGCACUGUAUCCCUAUGGAAGCACUUAGGCUGUAAUCAAGUGCUGUGCUGGUAGGAAUCUAUCACUACCUACUACCUUCUAUCCCUUUCCCUUCCACAGAUUAAUAUAUUUAGAUAGUAUUUUAAAUAUAGCACCAGGUAAGCGCUGGAACUUUAUAACAACCACAAGCUAUAGAACGGUCAUAGCUUUCAGUUAUCUUGCACAAUUCACGGGUUGUCUGCGCUGCAGAAGUCUCUGGAAUGGAGCUAGAAGCACUCAGGUUCGAUGAAAUAACCUUCUAGAAAAUGCAUGACCGUAACAACUAUACAGAAUAUCUAAUUAGAAUUUUUGUUCAAGAGUAAAAUGUUUAUUUUUAUGAAAACUGCUAAACAUAGUAUUACAUAGGUGCAUUAGGCUCAGAGAACCUGGCACCUACACUCUAUAUCCAACACAAAGUAACCUAAAUAUGCUGAAUGAACAGCAACAUUCACAUGCAACGUGGUGCGUAGUAUAGCACUGCAUUCCAAAGGGAUGAGCUGUACUGUAGUCUGUGUCACUGGCCUUCUAAAAAUCAGGAAAACUACUACAAUAUCUCUAGGAAAAAAAAGCUUUUGUACUACUAACUAUAAAAAGCUUUUAUACUGCCAACAUAGCUUUGACUUGCUAUUUUUAAAGACUUACAUUUUAACUUGAAGAUAUGUAAACAGUCUUGCUGGGUGGAAUAAUUGAGGGGGUAAAAAAAAGGGUUGAAAUGCUAUACCAGGCUCCUUUAAAUGCCAGUCAUAUGACCAAAAGCCUAGGCAUUUGAUUACAUGUCCUGCUUAAGGGGAGAAUCUGCCAAUCUCUGAUCUUCAGGGAUCAAAUGCAGAAGAGGGCGUUUGAAUGGGUAUUGGCCUUUAGGGAAGGGAAGGGAAGUAUUUCAGCCUUUUUGCUCUCGAUCCACCUCGGCAAGACAUUAAACAUAGUUUUAAAAGGCACUGCCACUUUUCUCAUUCAGGGCAAAGUGACAGUCCCCAAAGGUUGCCCCUCUUCUGCCCUAAAUAGGCAAAAUGAGUGUCUGAGUUAACAUUUUAGUAUUUGUCCUCACCUGCAGAGUGUUCUUGGUAAUGUGUAAGCCCUACCCAAGCCACAGCAAAGUAAACUGUAUAAUGACCUUUUAGCUACGAUCCUGUGAUCUGUGCACUUGUACAGAGUAAGUUGGGAAGCACAGUCUACGCUGUUGCACUUUUAAGUAUGCUGCACCUUGCACAGCUCUGCUAACACAGAUGUACAAGAAAUUAAAACCGAUUUGUGAUAAGUUUCCUGUUCACUGCAGUGAAUGCAGCCCUUGGAGUAUUAUUUUAGUGCACUAGGAAUGUGAAGACGGAGGCUCUUUUUAUUUUUUUUUUACUUUAGUCUUUAUUUGCUUUUGAGGUUUCGAAUAAUCCCUUAAUUCUGGAUUUACAGAUGGUAAGACUUAGUGGUUUUAAAGGAAAAAUGGAUGCAUUCUCUGCUUUAAGGUGAAAAACCUUCUGUGUUCUGCUUCCCGGCAGUACAUUUUUUAAUUUUAGGCAGUUCCUGAUGAAGCAGCCCAAAUUCACUUAGUGUGUGGCCCUGUUGGAUUACCCCUGCCCAGCACAAAUUGAUUGAAGAAUCAAAAUAGCCAGGCAGAAAAUUGUCGCACAACAGUUGCAUCCAGUCAGAUGCAGCCACAGUUUGGGUAUUUUGAUAGCUACUGAGCCGGCUGUCAGAGUAUAAUAGCCACAGCAGGAGAUUUGCCCAUUUGUGAUGUAGAGCAUGGGUGGAGGAAUCUAUAUGUAUGGCCAGCCUUGGUGUGACAACAUAUAUGUCUGAGCAGAACAUUUUAUUUAGGCACUAAUGUACUUAAAAAUAUAUAUUCUUUGACCAUUGGCCUUAACCAAGCCAUGACAUUGAGAUGCUUGCUCCCUCUCUAUCAAGAGAUGCCUACUUUGAAUAUCUUGUUAUGCUACACAGUAAAAUGCUGCAGACUGGCCAAAGGGCUUUUCUUUACACCGAUGUAUCUGACCAAUUGAUGCUCGCUUAUAAGGAAUCCUCAUUACUGCACGGUUGGUGUUUGGUAAGGCAACUGCAUAUACUGCUAGAUUGUUCAGAUGGCUUGUACCAUCUCGAUUAAAUUUAGGACUCCUGCUGAGUGCAACUGAGUGUUACUAUCUUUAGGAACGACACUUUAAUGUAUUGUUCUACAGUAUUGAGUCUUUUUUUUUUUUUUUUUUGAUUCUUCAGUUUUUAGAGGAGUGUUGUGUGUGAAAUGUUCAGAUUUAUAUCACUUUUAAUUUGGAUUAUUAGAUGCUUUUUAUUAAAAGCAAGACUUUUAAUGUAGUUGUCCACUUUCUCAUGCCCCACAUCGUUUUUAUAUUGUAUAUUCAUCAACUGCCUGUAGUACCAGGAGCAUAAUAUAACUUAGAGCUGCAGGCUUUUUGUGUCUUCUUGUUUUAGAUAAUGUUAUAUGCUAGCUAAAAUAAAAUUUAAGGAUGUUUUCUACAACCCCGGCCCCCCAAUAGGAUGAAGACCUAAAAA